CAUUCAUUAUAUUAGUUCCCAUAAACAUUAAAAAGACACAAUAACUUAACAGAGAGAAAACAGAAAGAGAGAGAAGAAAAAAACCAAAACAAUGGAAGGAGGAGGAAUGUUAUCAUCAUCUUCAUCUUCAUCACAUUCACAAAACUAUAUCUACAGAGAGUGUUUAAGAAACCAUGCAGCAAGCCUCGGAAGCUACGCUACCGACGGCUGUGGAGAAUUCACUUUCGACGACACCUCACCAUCGGCUGCAAGCAGUCUCCAAUGUGCAGCCUGCGGCUGUCACCGGAACUUCCAUCGCAAAAUAACCGCAAUUGUGAGGGAGAAUGCUGCCGUCACAAUGUCGGAUCAGGUGAUGGAAUAUUCCGGUGGAGGAGGUAGCGGUGGAGAUGGAAGGAGGAAGAGGUACCGGACGAAAUUCACGGCAGAUCAGAAGGAAAAGAUGUUGGGAUUUGCUGAGAAGUUAGGAUGGAAAUUGCAGAGAAAAGAACUUGAUGAAGAGAUUGAAAGGUUUUGUGAAAGUGUUGGUGUGAGUAGACAAGUUUUUAAGGUUUGGAUGCAUAAUCAUAAGAAUUCUUGUUUCGCUAAUUCUUCUGACCCUUCUACUGGUAAUGCUAAUUCCUCUCUUACUCAGUAGUGUGAUGUGAGUGAGUAAUUAACUUCAAUUACUUUAUUUCACUAAUCAAAUCUUAUAGACUGUGUGUGUGUG